AUGACACAUACUAAACAGCUUAAAAUAACAAAGUUGUUUCGGAAAGGAGCUUCAAAGUUGCCAGAAGAUUGUGACGAACUACAGGAAGAGAUACAACGACUGGAACUGCAACUGAAAGAAAAACAAGAUGAAUUGUUUCAGUUGCAAAGAAACAGUUAUAGGCGGAAAGCUUCACCACCAAAGAAAAAGGCUGAACCAUUUGUUAGGCCUCAGAAAAUAGUCCUUUCAAAUGCUGUGGACCGGCUGAAGGUGGAUUUGGAGCUAAUGUCAGUGCUGUCUGGCAUAGAGGUGCAGUCUUAUGUGCUGCAGGAUCAUUGUUGCAUUGUCUACCACAUGCAGCAUGAUUCUCAGCAUCAGGUCAAACACGGAUUGAGGAUUGAACUUAAUAAUGGUUUAAAUGAAGUAUCAAAGUCUUCACUUCCGCUGGGAUUCAAUUUAGGAGCUGUGAUGCAGGACUUUGAUAACAUAAUGCUGCCAGAGUGUCUAGGAGCCAUCAGGAAAGCCCUAGUUGCAUAUUACAACAGAUUGGAACAAUUUGAAGCUUUAAAGAAAAUGUUGAACAUAGAAGGAGAAUUAUUCAAGAUACUUGACGGGUCCCACAUGGAGAUAUCAUUUGUAGCACAGAGUGAUAUGGAUGAGGACGCCGAGCCUUUUGACAUAGUGCUCAUGUUGGACUACAGGGUCUAUGACAUUAGGCCCAAACAGUUUGCAUUCAAGGAAAUUGAUCUUCCUGAGGGUGCAUCGGAAGUACUAAGACAACAGUGUGCGCCAUUUAAAAGAAAACCUUUACACAGGGCUUUCAGAGAAACAUUUAUAGAUGGAGUAGGUCCUUACAAGCUAGUUGAACAGUUUGGGGGCCGUCCAGUGGAGAUGCCGAAACGUCGUCAGAAGCGGUUCCGACCAAACAGGCGGGAUUACAACAACGACGAUACUUUCCUACCUGAAGAAUGCUCCGACCACACUGAUGAAGGAGACAUGGAAUGA